UUACAUAAAAUGAGAGUAGAGAAGAGGAUCUAUAAAGGGUUUCUUUUCAUCCUUCUUUUAAUCAUCCUCAAUGCUCUUUUACUCAGUGUGUUAGAGGAACGGUUGUACAGAACUCUUCUUGAUACGGUCUCUUACGGUCAUCAUGCAGUACGUGAAGUGCAACUAGAAAAACAACAAUAUACAGAAAAUGAACUAGUUAUAAGCUUUGAAGAAGACGGAAGAUUUGGAAACCUGCUGCUUGAGACUGGUACUCUCCUCCUAGUAGGGAGACGAGUAAAUAAAACCGUAAGCCUGCUCCCUCAAGUUGCAAAAAAACUUAAAAACUAUUUUGAUAAACUUCCCAUGGAACCGAUUGACAGUAAGAGGCAUUGUGUGUGCAGCCGGUGUCAGGAGUGUACAUGUGAGUACUGCAAUAAGUGGCACAAAAUGCCGUCCUAUCAUUACCACGUUGACUCAAAACUCAGAUCUCGAUAUCUUCUCCUACAGUGGUUUGAUUCUAACCUCGUGGUUCGAAAUCUGGCAGAGAUCUCAGCUAUAUAUAGAUCCUUACUCAGGAUAGAUCUUGUAAAUCAGGUUAUAGAAACCUAGCAGAGAUCUCAGCUUUAUAUAGAUCCAUACUCAGGGUAGAGAUCUUGUAAAUCAGGUUUUAGAAACCUAGCAGAGAUCUCAGCAAUAUAGAUCCUUACUCAGGGUAGAUCUUGUAAAUCAGGUUAUAGAAACCUAGCAGAGAUCUCAGCUAUAUAUAGAUCCUUACUCAGAAUAGAUCUUGUAAAUCAGUUUAUAGAAACCUAGCAGAGAUCUCUGCUUUAUAUAGAUCCAUACUCAGGGUAGAUCUUGUAAAUCAGGUUAUAGAAACCUAGCAGAGAUCUCAGCUAUAUAUAGAUCCUUACUCAGGAUAGAUCUUGUAAAUCAGGUUAUAGAAACCUAGCAGAGAUCUCAGCUUUAUAUAAAUCCUUACUCAGGGUAGAUCUUGUAAAUCAGUUUAUAGAAACCUAGAAGAGAUCUCAGCUUAUAGAUCCAUACUCAGGGUAGAGAUCUAGCAGAGAUCUCAGUUUUAUUUAGAUCCUUACUUAGGGUAUAACUGUUGUAAUUCGGGUAUUACUAUCUUGGCCUUCAUGGUCACUUGAAAUGACGCUAACAGUCCCUUUAAGUAAUGAUUUUUAAUAGUCAAUAACAUGAAGCACAAUAAUUGUGCAACAUACGUACACGGACCCAUUUCACUUAAUAAGCCAUUAUGUUUUGUAAAUAUUAAGCCAUUGGUAAAACUAUUUGCUUAUAAAACAUGUUAAUAACAUCAAAUACACUUAUGAUUGCUUAAAUCCGAGUUUAGAGGGAUACACCUGAUUCACAAUUUACAACAGUACUCUUAAAGUUGUUUUUCUCUCUUGUCAAUUUUCUGCAUUAUCUCUGCAGCAUAAAUCCGCAUAUGUGACAUGUAAAAGAACCACAGUUGAAAAUGUAAUAAGGAUAUCUCAUUCAUUCUUGACAAAGGUCCCGUUGUAAAUUGGAAAUACCUCUCUAUUAAUGAAAGUUAACAUGAAAUUAUGUCUGCAGUUCUUUUAAUAGUAAAUGUAUCCUAGGUUCAGAUGUAUUUACGAGAUCUAUCUGGUCAUGUUCCUCAUGUUUAUGUCGGGGUUCAUGUUCGUAGAACAGAUUACAUAAACUACAUACAGACUAGAUACA